GGUCUGCCUGCGAGGUUGCUGGAAGGCCUGCAAGCUCCGCCGCUUGCGGCAGCCAGAACCUUUUCCUCUAGAAUCCCCAGUUACAAGCAUAUAUCUUCUCAUUCGUUUCUGAAACUGCUAAUAUUUUGCAACUGCACGCUUGAGACGCGUAGAAAGAACAACGUUUGCUUCCCGAUCGAUGCGAGAAAAGCCAAUAUGAGUCAACUGGAGUCCAAGCCGAUCCAAAAGAAAAAGUUAGCCGCCACACCACUGCAGCCACUGUCCUUGCUGUGGUGCGAAGUUCCGCCAACAUGCUGCGGACGUCCUGGACUUAUUGCACCUUACCAGUGACCUCAAUGGCCCGGUCACUGGUGAGUUCACCGCUUCUAAAUGUGCUCCAGGGUGCCUCGACCGUGGGAGUCCGCCACCUCUCGCAACAGCGGCAGCAGACGGCCAGGCCACGAGGACGGAACAGCUUCGAGCAGAGGGCCAACGCCAUCUUCGACGAGGUCCGGGAGAUCCGCCGGAAGUCCGAGACCGGGGACUUCGAGGUUCCCAAGCUGUUCCUGGUGGAGCGACUGUCUCGCGAAUUCGGCCUCCCGUACUGGGAGAAGGACAUACUGAAGCUGCUCAAGCUGCUCGAGUCCAAGGAAGACAAGAAGGCCGGCAUACACCGCCCGGUGGGCAGCGUGGCGAUAGUGAAGAACACGCCAUUCAUGUGCCGCAUGCUGUGGCGGGUGAAGCACCUGGUGCGGGUCACCCCGAUCACCUUUCCGGACGGGGAGCCCCGGGAGGGGGAGUAUGGGGGCACCCACUUGGGACGGGACGGGGUGUUCCGCAGGGUGCCCCAUAUCGACGAGCUGCGCCUGGCCGCCACAGAGCCGGAGCGCAAGAAGCUGGACGGCAAGGAGAUUGCCAAGGUGCUCCACCUUGCCUGGAACAACAGCCUGUGACCGUGGCCUCCUGAGUGCGCCGUUUGGCUGUAGAAGUUCGGUCACUGGCGUCUGACCUCUCCACCGCCGAACUUGGGCUUCGACGAGCGUGCGCUGUUCGGCUGGAGGCGUGAGCCGUUUGAUCGGUGACACUUGGCCGCUCUGCCGCGAGACACUGGCUUCACAACGUCAACAACAACGGCUGUUCAACCCAACAACUCCUCUCUGUGCCGAAGUGCGGGACUGUCCGAAGAAAUAGUGCUCUUCUUGAGCAAAUCGUGUUCGUUAUUAAAUGGAAAGUUUAACCAAU